GAAUGUGACGAGCAAAACUGGAAGCUUGUCCUAGAUCAUUCGCGCAUGCGCGAGACUUGUUAGUAGCGUUUGUGUAUGCGCACAGGAGCGGAUGGGUUCGGCAGCCAUUACGUCAUUGCCCCUGCAAGAGAGCCUCGGAGACCCUGCAGGUCGGUAGCGAGUGGCGGUAUGGUACGCGCGUGAGGGAGACGGAUGGUGAGGUGAGCUGACCCCGAGGAAUAGAAGUGGAUCACACCCUUAUGGGUGCUGUUAGUCUGUGCUGGAUUCGCAGAAGCAUGUAAUUGGCAGAUCUUCCCAACCUCGCCAGCAUGAGCUUUGCCUGAUAUGCUGAACAUCUCGUAUCCCUACACCAAAUUCAUCUCCAUUUAGAUCUGCUCCACGGAUUGUACCCAAUACCUGCAUCUUUCAUAGCGUUGCAGUGCAGCAGCAAAAGCAACCACAUAAUGGAUGAAGUUGCAAGUACUCAAUCCUCUGUGACCUAUGAAUCUGAAACCAACCUUGAGAACAUGGAGAGCAGUUCUCCUGCCUCCCCUUUUGAUGGAGAACAGAUAUCUGACGACUCUCUUAGAGUAAUAAAACCUACAAGCAAAGAAUUUAAGAAAACUUGGGGUUUCCGUAAAACCACAAUUGCUAAACGCGAAGGUGCCUCGGACAUUGAUAUGGAGGGUUUGGAACCCAGUCAGCAAGCAGGCCCUUCUCUUAGACGUAGUGGGCGGCAGCCAAAACCUACAGAAAGGGUGGAAGAAUUCCUUACAACAGUCAGGAGGAAUAGAGGGAGAAAAAGUACUCCCCUGGAAGAUUCAAGUGACCGAUCGUGUCCAGUAACUGAUGCAGAAACGGCCUCUGAAGGAAGUGUUGAGAGCACCCCUGAUGUAAAGGGUGACAACCAGUGUUCAGAUUCUAAGUACAAAAAUGAAUUGACUUGUAAGACAGAAAUUAAGAAGGAGGAGGAUGAUAGCUCUGAUAGUGACGGCAUGACCUUAAAAGAACUGCAAAAUAGACUGCGGAGCAGACGCUCAGAUCAUUCAAGCGAGGCAGGUCUUCCAACACAGGCUCUUGGCACACCAAAAAGUGAACCGAGCAGUACAGGAGAAUGCACAGUGCGCACUAGGAGUGCUAACCGAGCUGCUUUGCUUCAGCAGCAAACCCCUAAGUCUCCAAUAAAGCAGGAACCUGAAAGUCCCCCACCUUCAGAAGAGCAAAAGCUGGAGGAAACCAGCAUAUCCCCUAAAAUCAGAUCCGAGAAAGAGAUCUAUGAUCCAAAUGCACUUUACUGUAUAUGUCGACAAAGGCAUAACAACAGGUUUAUGAUUUGCUGUGACAGAUGUGAAGAGUGGUUUCAUGGAGACUGCGUGGGGAUUCCUGAGGCUCGUGGGCGACUGUUGGAAAGAAACGGAGAGGAUUAUAUCUGUCCCAACUGCACCGCCCUGCAGACACAAGCUGAGAGCACAGCUGAUAGCGAUCACAAAGAGAAUCCUGAAAUAUGUAUUAAAACUGUGGCACAUUCAGAUGAUCAUGGCAUUAAAGGAAGAAUUGAGAAAAAAGCAGCACAUUCCAGUGGAAAAAAGAAACUGAAGAUAUUUCACCCUGUGUCCGAAUCCACUGAAGUAUCAGAACCUCCAGCCUUAACUGUACCUUCAGAAGUGUCUGAGUCCUCUGAAGUGGCCAGAUGCAUUGGUCCUGGGUGUUCAAACCUUGCACUUCCAGAUUCUGUCUACUGUAGUCACGACUGCAUUUUGAAACAUGCAGCAGCCACAAUGAAAUCUCUUAAUGUGGCCAAAGAAGUUAAGCCAAAAGAGAAGAUCAAGGUAAAAACAGAGAAGAGAAUCUUGCCUAAGCCUCCGGCACCAGCCAAACCACCAACAUCCCCAAUAGAGCCAGUUCCAGAGAAAAAAGAAACCAUAGCAAAGAAAGUCCUGCUUAUGAUCCCGAAGGCUCAACCAGAAGGAGCCAGUGAGCAGAGGGCCGAGAGUUGCAGCAGCAGUACACCUUCUUGGGAGAGUGACCAUAAUUACAUGGCAGCAAAGCCCGAAAAGACUGCUGCCAAUUCAUCUGCACUAUUUUACAAAUCGGAAAAAGUGGAGGAAGUGGAAAAGAAAGAAGUUCCUGCUCCUCUGGUCAAAGCUUCUAUUCCUCCCCCUUACGCUGGCAUGGUGAUGAAGCCAAUCUCCUCUCUUCCAAGAAUACCCAAGAAGGAUACUCAGUCCAUAUGCCCCAUCAAACAGCAGGCAAAACCUGCAGUUAAUUCCAAAAAUGCUAUACAGAACAAAGGGACUUGUCUGCCCACUAAAUCUUCUGACUCUAAACCAUCUCCUUUUCCCAAAAAACAUCUUACUCCAUCCAUGACUUCUGCACCUAGUCAGAAAAAAGUCAGUUCCUCAAAGUUGCCUUUAAAUCAGAAGUCACUUGCACCCUCCCCGUCUGCUAAAGCUUCUAUGGCAAAGCCACCUCCAAAACCCACAGCCAGCUCCUCCCGUCCUGCUUCCAGCACCCCACAGUCUGCCCCGAGUUCCUCACAAGUAGCAACCAACUCCUCGCAGCCUGGACCUAACAUGCAAAUCCGUCAGAACAUCCGUAGGUCUCUGAAGGAGAUCUUAUGGAAGAGAGUUAUUGACAGCGACGAUCUGGUGAUGGUGGAGAAUGAGGUGGCGAGGAUUGCCUCGAAUAUUGAAAGGGAAAUGUUUAACCUGUAUCGGGAUACUGACAGCAGGUACAAGAGCAAGUACCGCAACAUCAUGUUUAACCUCAAGGAUCCAAAAAACCAGGGUUUGUACCACCGAGUACUCAAAGAAGAGAUUUCCUUGGCUAAGCUUGUGCGGUUAAAGCCUGAGGAUCUUGCAUCUAAAAAGUUAUCAUCGUGGAAAGAGACUGGAUUAAAAUUGGGCUUUGGCCUUAAAAGCAAGACUCGAACGGAAAAUAAAAUUCCUUCAGUGAAUCCAACGGCAGUUGACAUGGAGGAGUCACCGCCUAUGUCUGAUACAGACACAGAGCAGCAGGAGCCACAACAGGCACCGCCGCAGAAUAUUUCAGUUCUUCCUGACAUAUUUAGCAGCAUGUUAAAUGACACCACAAGCCAACAUCGGACCCAUCUUUUCGACCUUAAGUGCAAAAUCUGUACAGGCCAGCUUCCUGCUGAUGAUGAACCUCCCUAUAAGCGUCUGAAAAACACCACAGGAGCUGCCAAGAAGCCUGACCAGAAUUCUAAGCCCGAGGCCAGAGAGGAGAGCACUGAAAUACCUCCUCCCCCAGAACCAGCAGAAGAAGAGUCCAAUACACCAAUGGAAAUCAGUGAUAACACACGAAAUAUCCCAGAGGCAGCCCCAGAAACUGUGCCCUUACCCUCUACAUCCCAUAUGCACCCUGACCCAACAUAUUCUAGUGUUGUACCUGUAUACCCUUCUCCUGCUCCAAUCACCACAGUUACUGUAUCUGGCAGAGACCCUAGAACUGCCAUCAAGCGCCCCCUUCCAGUUUCUUCCAGCCCAGGCAUCAAUGCAAGGUCUGCACAGGAAAAUGAAGAGGUGCCGACUGAACCAUCCAAGCCACUUCUUCCUCAAGUCUUCACUAUGCCCAAGUCCAUUCUCUCCAAGCCAAUUACUUCAGAGAGCCGAUACUCCGCAUCCUCAUCCCCAAACAUCAACUUGACAGAAAUGCGACCACCCAAAGAAGGAGAUACAACGUUGUUUCUCUCGCGUCUGAACCCCAUAUGGAAAGGAUUCAUAAACAUGCAAUCUGUAGCCAAGUUUGUCACUAAAGCCUACCCUGUGUCUGGAUCUGUGGAAUAUCUGAAUGAGGAUUUACCCGACACAAUCCACAUAGGUGGAAGGAUUUCUCCAAAGACGGUCUGGGAUUAUGUUGGGAAGCUGAAAUCCUCUCAGACAAAGGAGUUAUCACUGAUCCGCUUCCAUCCUGCCACAGAAGAAGAGGAGGUGGCCUAUAUUUCCCUAUACUCUUAUUUCAGUAGCCGUUGUAGAUUUGGAGUUGUGGCAAACAAUAACCGUCAUGUGAAGGACCUGUAUCUGAUUCCAUUAAGUGCCAAGGAUCCUAUUCCCUCCAAACUUUUACCCUUUGAUGGACCAGGUCUUGAAGCAACACGUCCAAACCUCAUUUUGGGACUAGUCAUUUGUCAGAGGAACAAACGUCCACUUAAUAGUGAGCUAGAAAAGUUUGAAGAAAAACGAAUGAAAACUGGAAGCCAAGAGGAAAUGGAGAUCUUGAAUAUUACAAAAGGGCCUUUGUCUUCUCAAGCAGAAAAGAAAUAUCAGCCCUAUGCCAGUGAACUUGUUAAAAGUACAACUCCUCCAGGUUCCCCACCUCCUUUCCCAGAAGAAAUUUCCAAAGUAGCCACUGUUAUCCCUGGAGUCCCCAGCAAACCAGAAAGUGUCCUUCCUGAAACAAACACAGUUCCCCACUCCUUAUCACCUAAAGCCGAAAGUGGCCCAACCUCCUCUUCGUCACUAGUUGCCACACCACUGCAGCAUAUUCUUAAGACUCUCUUUGGUAAAACACAAGAAAAUAAAAAUGAUAACAGUGCUCCCAAAGUAGAUCCUCCCAUGGACAAAGGGCUUGUUGGCAUUCCAAUGAUGGACCCCAUAGUACAGCAGUUUGGUCAGUUUUCAAAAGACAAACCCAUAGAGGAGGAGGAGGAUGAUAGACCAUAUGACCCUGAAGAGGAGUAUGAUCCAGAAAAGGCAUUUGGUACAUCCAUAAUGACCAAUAAUGACAAACCUUAUGAGCCUGAACAGCCUUGUGAAAGCUUAGAAGAUGAAGAGGCCUAUGAUCCUGAGGAUGAAACUAUACUGGAAGAAGCAAAGGUUUCAGUAGAAGAUCUGCCCAAUAGAAUGUCCGCUCUGAAUAAAAUAAAACCUGCUGAAAUUACCACAGAAUACCUGCCAGGCAUCUCUGAUUCAUCCUCUCUUGUAGAACAACAAAAAAUGCUAGAAGAGUUAAAUAAACAAAUUGAAGAGCAAAAGAGACAGCUGGAGCAACAAGAGGAAGCUAUGAGACUGCAAAGAGCAGCAGUUGGUGUAUCCAUGGCUCACUUUUCAGUGUCUGAUGCAUUGAUGUCACCCCCUCCCAAAUCAUCACUCCUAAAAAGUGAAUUAUUUCAGCAAGAGCCAAGCACAAUCACGAUAUCUUCUCCCUCAAUACCUGAGCAAGUAAUUAAUCCAAGCCGUGAUCCAAGGCAGUCCAGAGAUCCUCGGCAAGCAUCUUCAAAAAUAGUGCAUUCAGAAAAUGAACCCUUGAACACAGUCGUACAUGAGCAAAAGCACAUGCAGACUUCUGAAAUCAGUACUUCCACUGGUCAAGAUAGUUCAGUCAAGUUAGUCAACGAGGACAGUGCAAGCUCUGCAGUCCAUUUGAAUCCAGCUGAGAUGAUUCCUGAAAAGAUUCUGAAAGAUAACAAACCUGAAACAAUGGCUUGGCAUGUUCAGCAUGUUAGUGCACAAUCUGAAUCAAUGCAAGAGCCCUCAGAGCCAACAAUACCAUCUCGUAAAGUGUUAUUACCAACUCCGGAAAUAACUGCCCCCUUGCAACCGAAUUUUAUUAGCAUGGGAAAUGGUAAUUUGACUCUUUCAAAUGAAAGUGGUUGGGCUAAGGAGCCUCAGCCAUGUGAUCCAAUGAACACUAGACCUUCUUUUCCAGGUCCACCAGUUGUUCCCCAAGACAUGGCAUCGAAUUUUGGACCUCAGACAGACCUAACCUUUGUACAACAUAAAGAUCCAAUUAAUACCCAAGUACCUUUGUUUGUAGAGCAAAUUGAACCAACUGGUUUACAUAGGGAUGGUCAAUUUUUACAUCAAGACCCCAGGGCUGGUCCACCAUUUCAAGCAUGUUUUACAGGACCUACACAUAUGCCAUUUGAAAAUCAAGGGCCAGGGUUUAAUGAUCAAAGACCAUUACAAAUGCCCAGCCAUCUGGGACCUAGACAUGCAGUUCCCUUUACUAGUGAAAUUCGUCCAAGAAUCAUGGAUGGGCCAGGAGUACCCCUGUCUGACAGAAUUGGGGAACAAAGGGGACCUGUUCCUUUAAUGUCUGGACAGUAUGGACCUACUCCUCCACAACCCUUAUUUAACGAAAGAAUGCCUGGCCCCACACCCUUUACUCAAAGAGGCCAUUCACCUCAAAUGUUUGAGAAUCAAAAUGAUCCACAUUUAGAAAUACAGGAGCCCCAUUUUGGUAGCAUGGCUGAUGGCCCACCUAGGUUUGAUGGGCCAAGAGGUCCAGUGCCACCAAAUUAUGUGGGAAUAAGGGGACAGCAAUUCAGUUUUGAUGGUCCAAGGAGACUACCUCCACCUCAAUUAAAAUUCCAUAGAGGUGGUCCAAGAAUAUCAGGACCAACUCAUUUUGGUGGCCCCAGGGGACCUUUUCCAAAUGAAUUAGAAGGUUCUAGAGGGCCAGUACCAGGUCAUUAUGGUGGAACAAGAGGCCCUCCUCCACAUCCAUAUGAGGAUCAUAGAGCAAGUCCACCAGCACCCUUGUUCCAUAAUCUACAAAAUCCAGGUCCGCAGCAGUUUGGAGGGCAAAGGGGACCUACCCCAAUUAGAUUUUCUGAGCCAUCCCAACCUCGGCCUCUCCUUGAAAUUCCAGUUAUUGCUCCACCCCAUAGGAGUGAGAGCUGGGACAAAGUAGGGCCCCCUGGUUCAUUUCAGAAUUACUCUGAUCAAAGGCAAAAUUCUGAGCAGCCCUGGGAAUCAAAUGAAUUUAGACAAAACAAGGACCACAGAAACCCUCCAUUUGAAGGGAGACCCAGGGAACGAUAUGAAGGACGCAAUGAGAAAUUUGACGAUUCAGAACCACAUCCACCAGAUAAUAUACCAAGUAGAGGGUUUGAUGACAGGCGAAGGGAAGGAGACCCUGAUGGACAGAGGGAAAGAGAGAGAAGCAGAAACUGCAACAGAGACAGAGAGAGAAAUUGGGACAAAAAUAGAGACUGGCAGAGAUCAAAUGAACCAAGUCGAGAUUGGGACAAAAAUAGGGACAGAGAUGCAAAUAAAGAAAAAGAAUUGGAGAGGAACAGGGACCGUGAUAGAGACAAGGAGAGGGAUAGAGAGAAAGACAGGGACAGGGAUAGAGAAAGAGAGAGGGACAGGGAGCGGGAUAGGGACCGUGACAGGGUUAGGGAGCGGGAUCGAGACAGGGAUAGAGAUCGAGCACGAGAGAGAGAUGGGUAUAGACGAAGAGACCGAUCCAGAAGCAGAGAUCGAGAUAAAGACAGAGAAAGGGAUAGAGACAGAGAUCGUGAUAGAAAUAGAGACAGAGAGAGAGGCAAAGACCGUGACUCCAAAAGCAAAGAGAGCCACAAAGACUCAAAAUCUGAUAAAUCAAAAGACUCUUCUACAUCAUCGGCACCCUCAACGUGACCUUUGUUAUCAAGAUUUUUAUAGGGGGAUAAAACAGCAACAUGUACUUUUUGUAUAUAUGUAUAUAAUAGUUUUAUUUUAUAACGGAAAUCACUAAUAUUUGGAAUGUUUUUUUGCACGGUUCAUGAACUUACCUGUGGAAUCUUAGACUUUCCCCUAUUCAUCCACUUGCUUUAUGUGGUCUUCUACUCCUCUGCAACGUACCCGACUGUGUGUCGUCAGCAAAGAUAUUCGGAGAGUCUACCACCCGGAAUACGGCACACGAACAAUGGAAAUAUUGUAAAUGACAAAUCACAAAUGUGUUGCAUUACACUGGCAACUUGUGUCGUGUGUUUAAGAAACAGUGUAUAUAUUUCUCAGUCCUGGCUACUUCCUUGUUGACCAUUGGAAAUCUGUUAGACGAGUCAAGUAAAGCUCAAUUAUCUGUAUAGAUUUCAUUUUCUGAGUGCUUCAAUGCUCCAGUCACAAUUGGGGUUUUACAGAUGUUAAUACUGAUGUGUGGCUGGAGGUCCCCAGUAGCAACGCCAGUGCAGAGAUGUGUAAUAUUCCUGAACUGAGGGGAAACCUGUAUCGCAGAACGUGGACAAUCAACUGGGUGCGUCUGGGGCAGCUCAUAUUUGUAUAAAUUGCAUUUUUACUGCAAAUCGUCACUGUACAUAAAAUCUGUAAUGUUUUGUUUUCCUAAGUAGAAUAAAUCUCUACAUCUA